CGGGUCCCGCGUCCGCAGGUUCUGCUGCGGGUUGCGGCGCCGCCCGCUCGGCCCCGCGCCGCUGGGGACUCGGCCGGCUGCGGAGAUGGGUGACAUGGAGUCCUACAAGGUGAUGCUGAACGGGCCAGCGCCCUGGGGCUUCAGGCUGCAGGGAGGGAAGGAUUUCAGCAUGCCACUCUCCAUCUCCAGGCUGACGCCGGGUGGGAAGGCGGCCCAGGCUGGCGUGGGAGUGGGCGACUGGGUGCUGUACAUCGACGGGGAGAGCACCAGCUCCAUGACACACAUCGAGGCUCAGAACAGGAUACGUGCCUGCGGGGACAGGCUCUGCCUCACCCUGAGCAGAGCCCAGAACCACCUGGGGAAGCCGCAGAAGGACUCACUCCCCUGCUCUGAACCCCUGAAAUAUAACUUCGCUCCCAGCACCGCCCUCAACAAAACCGCUCGGCCCUUCGGGGCCAGCUCUCCUCCGAACCCACCGCCCGGGCUGGUGACGAAACCCGUGACCUACGCGCCCCUGGCGCCCGCCUGCACCCCCCAGCACAAUGGGCAGCCCCCCCAGGCGCUGGAGACCCCCAGCACCCCUGUUUACGACCCUGUGAAGUUGAGGCUGAUAGAGGACGCUGAGGACUGGCAGCCCCGCACCGGGACCUCCCAGUCCCGCUCCUUCCGCAAACUGGCCCGGAUGACGGGCACAGACGGCUUGGAGGAUGAUGAUGAUGUAUUUGUUAAAAAGCCGAGGCAGCCCUUGCAGCCUCUGGAGUCCCCCAGCACCCCCGUGUGUGACCCAGGGAAGUUGCGGCUGAUAGAGGACGCUGAGGACUGGAAGCCCAAUGCCUGGACCUCCCAGUCCCGCUCCUUCCGCAAACUGGCCCGGCUGGUGGGCGCAGACAGCAUGGAGGAUCAUGAGGAUGAGCUUGAUAAAAAGCCCAGGGAUGCCACUGGGUCCAGCUGGGGCACAGGGGAGCAGUGGCAGCGCCCGCAGGCGCUGGAGACCCCCAGCACCCCUGUGUGUGACCCCGGGAAGCUGCGGCUGGUGGAGGACGCUGAGGACUGGCAGCCCCGCACCGGGACCUCCCAGUCCCGCUCCUUCCGCAAACUGGCCCGGAUGACGGGCACAGACGGCUUGGGGGAUCAUGAGGAUGAGCUUGUUAAAAAGCCAAGGGAUUCCCGUGGGUCCAGCUGGGGCACAGGGGAGCAGUGGCAGCCCCCCCAGGUGCUGGAGCCCCCCAGCACCCCUGUGUGUGACCCCGGGAAGUUGAGGCUGAUAGAGGACGCUGAGGACUGGCAGCCCCGCACCGGGACCUCCCAGUCCCGCUCCUUCCGCAAACUGGCCCGGAUGACGGGCACAGACGGCUUGGAGGAUCAUGAUGAUGUAUUUGUUAAAAAGCCGAGCCAGGUCUCCGUGCCGGACCUGUCCCCGGGAGCAGCGAUGAAGACUGAGCCGGGACUUGCCCCCAGGACCCCCACUGCCACCCCCGGCCCUGCCAGCCGCCCACCCUGGGCUGUGGACCCCUCGUUUGCCGAGCGCUACGCCCCGGACAAGACCAGCACGGUGGUGAGCAAGCACAGCCAGCCGGCCACGCCGACCCCCAUGCAGAACCGCAGCUCCAUCGUGCAGGCAGCCCAGCAGGCCCCCGAAGGGCCCGGCCGCACGCCCCUCUGCUACAAGUGCAACAAGGUCAUCAGGGGACGAUACCUGGUGGCGCUGGGACAUUAUUACCACCCUGAGGAGUUCACCUGCUGCCAGUGCAGGAAGGUGCUGGAUGAGGGUGGCUUCUUUGAGGAGAAAGGCUCCAUCUUCUGCCCCAAGUGUUAUGACACACGCUAUGCGCCCAGCUGUGCCAAGUGCAAGAAGAAGAUCACUGGGGAGGUCAUGCACGCUCUGAAGAUGACCUGGCACGUGCAGUGCUUCACGUGCGCUGCCUGCAAAACUCCCAUCCGCAACCGUGCCUUCUACAUGGAGGAGGGACAGCCCUACUGCGAGAGAGACUAUGAGAAGAUGUUUGGCACCAAGUGCCGCGGCUGCGACUUCAAGAUCGACGCUGGGGACCGGUUCCUGGAGGCGCUGGGGUUCAGCUGGCACGACACUUGCUUCGUCUGUGCGAUCUGCCAGACCAACCUGGAAGGGAAGACCUUCUACUCCAAGAAGGACAAGCCACUCUGCAAGAGCCAUGCUUUCUCCCACGUGUGAGGAGCAGGAGUUCUGCUGUGCCCACGCGUGCCCCUGGCCCUGCAUGCUUCUCUCUUCCCUGCCCUGCUUCCUCCAGAGAGUCAGGCUGAGCCCUCACCCCUCCCCUUUGCUCUUGCCACUUUCCUGGCAGCUCCUGGCCUGUCUCCAGCCAGAGGCGGUGCUGGGUCCAGAGCCCCUUAUAGCUGAAUGGCUUCUUGCGUGCCCGCCAGCUGGCCUUAGGAGCCCUGGGAAGGGGAUGUUUCAUAGAUCUGCAGCCCCCAAGCCACGCAGCAUGGUGGCUGUGGCUGUGUCUAGGUGGGAGUCAGGAGGGUCUGGCACAGCAGGGCUGUUCCUGUGCUCAGCUGGGACCUAGCUGCCUGGCAGCUCAGUGCUGGGGCAGGGAUGCUCCUAGCACGUCCCUGAGGGGGUGAGGGUCAGCCACUUCCCAAUCUCUCCCAUACCUUCCCUGCUGUGUGCUUAGGGCUGGAGACCCAGCCCUGCUUCCCUGCAAACUGCUGUGGGGGCUUCCUACCCCAGUUGUGAGCUGGGGGGGGGGCUGUGCCGUGUGCCCCCAUCUAGCUGGCCUGCUGCUCCCCUGGGGCUGGUGUGUGGCAGCACCCCUUGCCCUGCCAUGCAGGGGAGCAGGGCAGCGUGCCAGGCCCCCCAGCCAUGGGCUGGCAGCAUGUGCCAAUUGCCGGCCUUGGGCACGGCUUCCUACCAAAGAGCGCUUUGCCACUGCCGUCCCGGGCCUGUAAAUGCCUCUCCCAAACCCACACUCUCCAGUCGGGCUGCUCCUGAUGUAGCCACGGUGCUUUUAGUGCCUUUAAUAAACACUUCUCUGCAAGUGC